UUUAAACAAAAUUUUCAUACCAUGAUAAUAUUUUUAUUGCAUCCUAAAAGCUUUAAUUUCGCUUAAAAUGUCAAUGUUUUUGUCAUGGUACAAUAAAGUUUUAAAAGGUAAAAAAAAAAAAAAAACCCUCUGUCUUGUAAUGCUAGCUUGCAAGUUCCAUACCGGUGGUGCUAGCCCUGACAGCUGCGAGGCUCUGGUUGGGGAACACUCAUUGAUCAAAGAUGGCAGAGGCAGUUGCAAAUGUGGCCCGAAGAAUUAAUACAACGAUGGAGGAGGGCAAAGAUAGUCUGGAUCUGUCAAACUGCCAGCUCACUUCAUUCCCAGAUGGUGUGUUCAAGCUCCUGAGGACAGUCAGUGACAACAUUCACGUCGUCUCAUUAUCCAACAAUAAGAUGAAGGCCAUUUCCAGCAAGUUUUUUACAACUUUCACACAGCUCAGAGAGGUUGACCUACAAGGAAAUGUCCUCACCAAACUGCCUGACACCAUUGCAGAAACGCAGCAUUUGACUGCCAUCAAUCUGGCUAAUAACAGCUUCUCCGUCUUCCCUGAUAAGCUGACCGAAAUAGCCACUCUGGAGAGGAUCAACCUCGAGGGAAACAGCAUCACUGAAAUACCUGUAGAGAAACUGUCCGACAUGGCGGCGCUGAAGUGGCUGAACGUGAAGUCAAAUCCUCUGAGCUCCGACACUCAGACCGCUCUGCAAUCUCCCCACAAAUUUGACGUUUUAUCAUCUAACGAGGCGUAGACUGUAUAAAAGUGCAAUGAAUACACUCUACUGGUUGUGGUUUUAACUACUGAAGCUGAAAACUUUAAAGUGAAUCAGUGAUGGGAUGGAAACGGAAAUUCUCGAUGCUGAAAACCUCGAUUCAGGUGCCUUUUUUUUUACUUUUAGGAUAAAAUCUCUUUCUGAUCACAACUGGACUUCAUCUGCUUAUUUAUUACUUUCAUACUUCACAAGUAAACAACAUUUUUGAAAUUG